UAUGUCUGCUUUUGGCGGCGCCGGCCCAGCCGAUCUGUCCUCUGGUUCCAGGCAGAUCUGUUCCAGACAGCCCUCCCAGCACCAGCAAUCAAGUGCGAUACGCGAGCCGGCAGCAGCAGCAGUGUCAACGGCAGCGGAUACGUCGACGACAUCAGGGAACCAUGGCACUCUGGGAAGACAUUGCGAUCCCCUCCGUCGAGACGGUUACCUUUGGCGAAUUACAGGGCAAGCUUGUCCAGGCCAGUGGACCCAACGACGCUUCACUCGAAGACUAUGCUCGAAGAGAUGGCAUGUUCUAUCCCCAUAUCAUCGUGCCGUACACUUACCAGCGGCACGAGAAAGGGGCCAUUCCCCCGAUUCGCAACAGAAAGGUGCUCGCACGCAACCUAGAAUCUGACGACAGCGACAAUUCCGACCUCGAAAGAGCCGGUGCCCAUUCUCUUGCCCAGAUCGGAUCAAAUAUCUAUCUCUAUCUCGACAGUUUCAUUCUUCCGACCAUUCGAUCGCUGAUCGGCGAGACUCUGGGUUAUUAUCAGGGACUAUCAGACUCGCUGAACCAGUCUCCUGUCCGCGCACUUGCUUGGCAUCCCUACAAGCAACUGUUUGCUAUUGCGCAUCGAGAAAACAGUAUCCAUCUUUUCGAUCUGACAAACGGAGUCUGGAUUCCCGAGAGCAACACGGGACUGACACACGAAGCCCAGUAUGAGGUUACCUGUAUGGAGUGGAACCCGCACUCGGGCAUGCUUUUGGCUGUCGCUGUCCGAGGUGGCGUGCUGCUGUGGAAAAUUGGCAACUGCCAUUCCGCCGAUGACGAAAGUGCGGAGCCGUCCCGGGCAUCCAAGCGAAAGUCGCACACGUGCGAGUUUCUGAGUGCUCCCGGGCUCGAGUACGUCUCCACCUUGACGUGGUCAAGCGAUGGACGGUACUUGGUUGCAGGAUCGGGCGCAAAGGACCUUAUCGUCAUCUGGGAUACCCUGGGACUCGAGCGCGACUUUGACGGCAAGCCAGUCCCGAUCUACCUGCGCAAGUUCCGAGGACAGUGCACCAAAGUGCUCAAGUGGAGUCCGGACGGAAACUAUCUGUUGCAGAUCUGUGGAUCGUCCAUCUUGAGAAUAUGGGAGACACACACAUGGGAAUGUGUCAACAUCAACUUGACUUCUCCGGCCCAGUCCGCCGCCUGGAUGCCCGACAGCAAGACCAUCAUCUUUGCCCUGCAAGGCAGCCAUUCGAUCUUCAACAUCAAGCUCAAUCGCGACCCUCCGUCGCUCGAUAUCCGUGAUCUAAAGCCUCAGCGUCUGCCAAGGAGGUCUGCACCGAUCCUGCCUGGUCGGGAGAUGGUGACAGUCGGUGGCCCCAUCAAGAGUCUUGCUGUCGAUCCAAAAGGCCGCCGUCUGAUCGUCAUAUUCGACCACGAGGAACUCGGCUCGGAGCUGCUUGCGCUGCUGUCGAUAGAGGAGAAGCCCCUGCCUCAGUUUACACCCAUCGGCUUGAUUCGCGGCCCCCACUGGCAGCCGGGCACUCUGCAGCCUCAAGCCGAUGCCGGCCUCAGCAACCGCGUCCUUCCCGAGGCCGUCUCGGUGCAGUUUGCUGCCCAGUUUACUUCGGGUGCCCUCGCCAGCAUCGUCUGGAAGAACGGCAAGAUCGGCUUCUUGCCAUGUUCGUUCUAGCCACACACACACCAACGCCCUUCAUUGGUCGGCGGAGAUCGGCCCGCUGCGCAAUACACGUGAUCAAUUUUCUUUUA